AAUCGGAACUGUCACUGUCACGUCAAAGCUGGCAGAAUCAAAAAACAUCAACAAACUUUAUGUUUGCAUCUUGUUAACAUUAAACUAAACUUAAAAUGAGUUGGCAGUAUGAGGAGACUGAGAAAUUGAUGCAGCUUUACAAGAAUAAUACUUUGCUGUGGGACCCCGACGACCCUGAUCAUAAUAACUCUGGUAAAAAACGCAAAGCAGUCACAGAAAUAGCCAAGACUCUGAACAAACGGGUGAGCUCUGUCACAGAGAAGAUCCGAGGACUAAGAACCAUGUACCGGAGGAUGGACAAGAAGAUCAAGACUGAAACAUUAAAGAAAGGCACUUAUACAGGCCAUGUCUGGUCUGGAUAUGAACCUUUGUCAUUUCUCAGCAAAGUCUAUGUUAGGAAAAAUGAGGGAUCAAUAGAUGAUUCCAAGAGUGAAAUGGGAGAUGAAAGUAUGUCAGACGAGUCCAAUGAAGAAUCAGACUCUACAACCAAAGUGAGCCUGUGGAGGCAAUGCGAAAUUCUCAAACUAAUUGAAUUAUACAAAUCCCAUCCCGAACUGUGGGAUAAAGAACAUGGAAGCUAUUAUCGUAAGGGAGCAAAGAUCCAAGCUAUCAAACAAAUUGCUGAAUCUCUAAAUAAGUUAGCACCUGAAGUUCAGACCAAAAUUAAGAAUUUACGCACAGUAUUUGCCAAUACUCAUCAUAAAGUGUCAACUGCAAUAAAAAAAUAUGGAAAAUUUACAGGGAAACUUUGGUAUGGUUAUAGAAAGAUGGCUUUCCUAAAUAAAGAUAGCUUGGAUGUAUGUGAAAAAAUUAGCACUAAUAUAACAAAUAAUGAGGAUUUGGAUACCACCAAUAAUUGUAGCAGUGAAGAUGAAUGGUGCAGAGAUGAGAUUAUGCAACUAAUAGAAAUGUACAAAAAUAGCCCGGCACUGUGGGACUCUCGCAAUAAAAACUAUGGAAGAAAACUAUUCAGAAUAGAGACACUUGAAGCAUUUUCAAGAGUUCUGCACAAAAAUAGGCGCAAUAUUGAAGCAAAAAUUAGAAACUUGAGAACUACAUUUGCUAGGACACAUAAACUGUAUAAUAGUCCUGAGGGAUUCAAAGGAAAGAAAUGGUUUGCAUAUAAGAGUUUAUUGUUUUUAGAUGGAGUUAUUCAGGGCAUUAAAAAACCUAAACUAAGUGAGAAUGAAGAGCAUGAGGUCAAAAUGGAACUAUUUUCUGAUGAGAGCCACCAUUCAACAUAUUCAUCAGCAUCACAUAACUCUUAUUUUAACAUUGAAGAUUGCAAUAUAAAUGACGAAAAGGGUAAGAUUGAUAACUUUGACGAGAAGGCUACUGAAAAAGGAAUGAAACAUAUUGAAGGCCACACUUCACAGAGGAGUUCUUUGGCAGAUGAAUUCACUGUAUUUGGGAACUUUGUUGCACAAGAGUUAAGGAAAUUGAAAGAUGAACACUGCUUGGUUGAGGCAAAGAGCGAAAUAACUAACAUUAUAUUUAAUGCUCAGAAAAACCAAAUGUUAAACAGAAGCUAUGAUAAAUCUGUAAAUAUAGGUAAAGACUUACCAAUAGACCCACUAGAAAUUCCAAUUACAGGCAGACACACACUUGCAGGAAGAGUUCCAGAUCAAAAUUCUGAUAUACAAGAUACUCAUGUAAUGAAGGAUGAAGAAAUAUAAUAUCUAUAAAUAAAGAACACUGUAUUGUUCCAAACAAGAUAUUUUACCUACAUAAUACUUAAGUUGAGUUGAAAUAAAAUGUUGGUCUUUGAAUGAAAUGUA